UGUGUGGUUCGUAAAUCGUAAAUCUGUAAUAAAAUUACAGUGCAAAAUGCAAACUUAGUGUAAAAUAUAAACGCUACUAAUUUAAUAUUGAAUUGAAAAUGGUGAACAAAGAGUGGUGUAAAGUUUCUCCGGCCCUGUCGGCGCCGGUGUUAAACUGCAUCAACAAGCAAGGUUUCAAAACGAUGACUCCUAUCCAAGCCGCCGUGAUUCCUCUCAUACUAUCGUGUAAGGACGUCGUGGCCGAGGCGGUGACCGGGUCGGGCAAAACCCUGGCGUUUGUGGUGCCGAUGCUAGAAAUGUUAAUCAAAAGACAGAAGGACGAGCCUCUGCGAAAGGAUUUUGUUUAUGCUGUUGUGAUAUCGCCGACGAGAGAACUGGCCACACAAAUACACAAGGUAAUAAACGAGUUCCUACAAGAGCCUGAGCUACACCAUGUGACAUUGGCCUUACUAGUUGGUGGGCGUCCCAUAGAGGUGGAUGCUGAGAGCAUGCAGAAGGGGGCACAGAUUGUCGUGUGCACACCUGGACGUUUUCAAGACUUACUAGCAGAGAGAAAACAUCUCAAUCUUCCAGGACGCUUAAAGGAUUUGGACUUCCUAGUGCUGGACGAGGCGGACCGUCUCCUGGACCUGGGCUUCAACGCGACGCUGACCACGAUAUUUCAGUACUUGCCGCGCCAGAGACGGACCGGCCUCUUCUCCGCCACGCAGACCAAGGAGCUGCAGGACCUCGUGCGCGCCGGCCUGCGGAACCCCGUGCUCAUCAGCGUCAAGGAGAAAGCCACGAUCAGCACCCCCGUCAACCUGAAGAACUACUACAUCAUCGUGGAGCCGCAGGACAAGUUCCUAGUGCUCCUGAACUUCAUCCGCAACCGCAAGAUUCUGAAGGGCCUGUUCUUCCUGCCGACGUGCGCGUGCGUGGACUACUGGGCGCACGCGCUGCCGGCGCUGCUGCCGGGCGUCAGGCUGUUCGCGAUACACGGCAAGAUGAAGCACAAGAGAACCAGGGUGCUGGACCAGUUCCGAGCCGCCGAGAACACGAUAUUGCUGUGCACUGAUCUCAUGGCGAGGGGUCUGGACAUCCCGGCGGUGGACUGGGUCCUGCAGUGGGAGCCGCCGGCGUCGCCCGCGGCGCUGGUGCACCGCGCGGGGCGGGCGGCGCGGGCUGGCGCGCCAGGCUGCUCGCUGUUGCCGCUGCUGCCGCACGAGGACGCCUACGUGACUUUCAUCAGGGCCAACCAGCGAGUCGAGCUCAUCGACUGGAGGGACUCCGGCGAGGAAAUCAAGAUCACUGAUAAACUUAGGGAGAGGGUGCUGUCAGUGCUGCACGGCCUGCAGCUGUCCGACCGAGCGCUGCUGGACCGCGGGCAGCGCGCGUUCGUGUCGGCGGCGCGCGCCUACUCCGCGCACGAGGCCGCGCUGCUGCUGCGGCUGAAGGAGCUGCCGCUCGGUCACGUGGCAACAAGCUACGGUCUACUAAAAUUGCCGCGCAUGCCGGAGCUCACUGAGGAGCACCGCGCGCAGUUCCGCGGCCCCACUGCCACCAUCGACUUCAACGAUAUACCCUACAGAGACCCGCAGAAGGAGGCCAGCAGACUGCACAAGCUGAAGGAGUAUAAAGAGACCGGGACUUGGCCCAGCAAGAAGAAAAAGAAGAUGGUGAAGACGCAACCUUGGGAGCAGUCCCAACAGAACAAAGACGCGAAGAAGGAGAAGCGGAAAAAGCGGAAGGAGCUGAAGCAGCGGAACUCGGAAGCGGGGAGGGGGCGGAAGCGGCGCGCCGUGACGCAGGCCGAGCUGGACGAGCUGGCCGCCGACGUCGCGCUCAUCAACAAGCUCAAGAAGCGCAAGAUCACCGCGCAGCAGUUCGACGAGCAGUUCGAUGGAGAUAAAUGAUGUUUAUAA